CUACGUAAUAGUGGCGACCGGCGCGCAUCCGUCGAUUUUCCACCUGAGAAAUAGCGACUCGAGGCGAACGACAGGUAGUCGUCUCUGCCGAGCCGUUUGGGUAAGUUCAACGCCUGCGUGAGAGGCCUAGUUUUGAUGUUACAUCCGCCGUACGACGAUUUGUUUAUUCUUGAAUCUGAUGGUGAAGUGAAAAAAGAGAGUAAGAGUUAAGUACGUCGAGUGAAUUGUGAAUCGAUAGACAAGAGGAGAAGUCGUCGAAAAGGAGGAUGCCCGCACUGGCGAGCUUAUGGAUUAAGGGCGCUCUCGAUGAGCCGACGUCGCGUGUCUACUUCAGAAGGAGGCUUCAUCAGUGACGCAAAAGAGCAAUGGAUAAAUACGAGAACAUCGAAGUCGUAGGCGAGGGUAGCUACGGCGUCGUUAUGAAGUGCCGACACAAGGAGACAGGCCAGGUCGUGGCCAUAAAAAAGUUCCUCGAAUCCGUGGACAACGUUCACGUGCGAAAGCUCGCCUUUCGCGAGAUUCGCAUGCUCAAGCGAUUAAGACACGAGAAUCUAGUCAGUUUGAUCGAAGUCUUCAGAAGGAAAAAGCGCUUUUACCUCGUGUUCGAGUAUCUGGAUCACACGAUUCUCGACGAGCUCGAGGCGGUCGGCGGUGGUCUCGGCUUGGAACUUUCGCGGCGACACAUUUUCCAAGUUCUUCGAGGCUUGAAUUUUUGCCACAACAAUCAUAUAAUGCACAGGGACGUGAAACCGGAGAACGUUCUGGUCUCGCCUCACGGAGUGAUAAAGCUCUGCGACUUUGGCUUCGCGCGCAUAGUCACUGGUCCCAACGAGUCGUGCACGGACUACGUGGCGACGCGCUGGUACCGGGCACCAGAGCUACUCGUCGGCGAUCCUCGUUACGGAAGAGCCGUGGACACGUGGGCUGCGGGCUGCCUAUUCGCCGAACUGCUGACGGGCGAGCCAUUGUUCCCCGGGGACAGCGACGUCGAUCAGCUCUUUCGAAUCACAAGGUUACUCGGCGGACUCUGCGGCCGGCACCAGAGUCUGAUGAACCGCAGCAGCAACGGUCGCAGCGAAGCCCGAGCCCUGCGCAAGGCCAGCAUCGAGAGCCUGUCCUACAGGAGCUCCUCCGGUCCCAACAAUCCAGGCGCCGGUAUCCAUCGCGGCUCCAGCGGUGGUCUUCGCUCCCUCCGGGCACUGCUGCCCAGCUGCAGCAGUACCUGUCUGGAUUUCCUCUCCCAGUGUCUGCGCAUGGACCCGGAGACCCGGCCCAGCUGUGCCAAUCUCUUGCAGCAUCCUCUGUUCAUGCAGGACUGCUUCGCCGAGAAGUUCCUGCUCGAACUCAGGGAUUACGUCGCCCAGGAGGCUUCGGAGAACCCGCUGCUCCAGAUGAGGAGGGAUGAGGAGAGGAGGUUGAGUGUCCUGUCGCUGGAAGAGCCUCAGAGGAUAUACAGCGGUGCCGCCAGGUGGCACAUGAAGCUGAUACCCUCGAUGAGCCACGAAAAACCAGCAGAUCACUCGGACACCCCUCACGACUCUCUGAACCAGGCUCUGCGCAGCCGGGGAACGUUGGAUCAGGAGAACCACAACCAGCAGCAGCAGCAGCAACUACAAAAUAAUCAGCAAAUCCAGAAAAGCAACCAGCAACGCAACCAGCUGCACCUGACUCGACCUCGAGAGUUAUGCUUCAUCGGGCCGAGUACCGUCGCACCCAACGCCACGUACAUCCGACGACUGGAGCACAAGGGACUCCUGCCAGCCUCCAUGGAGACCAACGGGAAAUUCACUUUGCCAGCACUGAGAGACCAGCAAUUGAAGGCUGCCGGCUACAAGAGGACGAAGCUCGACCUGUCGUCGCAGAUCGCGUGACGUUCGAAUUUUCGAUGAAUAUUUAUUUAGUAUCUUUCGGUCGUCGAUAGAUUUGUAAAUUGAAAAUUUUUAGUUAAAGUGUAAAGAGGCGCAACGUAGACUUUUUUUUAGAGCGAAUACAGACUAGAACGUUUUACAUUGGAAAUUCAUUCCUUGAUUUUUCGGUUAAUAGCUGAAGUAUUUGUGUACCGAUCUUUUUACGGCUUUAAACUAUAUCAUAUCGAUGGGCGUAUACAUAUAGCGAACAUUAACGCAAAGUGUUUUUAGCUCUUUGUAAAUGGACCUUGUUUCAGUGUAUACGUUAUGGUUGAUACGAGCUCUUGUUAUAGCUACUGCCAAAGGUAUAUGGAAGAAUAGUAAAAGAAUAUCCCAGCCGUUGAACACUUGUAGAGUCUAUAACGUUCACACGAAGUUAAAAGUUUAUAAUAUUAUUAUAUAGUGAUGUAUAAGGGAUACGAGUCGGCGAUGUAGCAGUUAACGAAUGUAAAUAACACGAUGUUUUAUCCAAAUUUUUAUUUGAAUAAAGAGAUAAAUAUUCACUGACUAA